ACAAGCCUUCAUGAUUCUCUGCAACGAUGUGGAGACACUCGCACGAUUCGAGAAGGACGUGAAGCGAACCGACACCGGGUUCCUGGCGAUAGCAACAGAGGCGGAGAACGACAGGGAAAAAACCUCGGAACCUCCAGGAAAGAUCAAGAAAUUAUUGAAGGAAUUCCAAGACAUUCUUCCGGACAAUCUUCCGAAUGAGCUACCGCCAUACCGGACGCAUCAACACGAGAUCGUAGAGGAACCGGGUUCGAAGCCGACCUUCCGAGCACCAUAUCGGCUCAGCCCUAUGGAGCUGACCGACAUGAAAAAACAGACCGAGUAUCUCCUAGCCAAAGGAAUCAUCCAACCAUCCACUUCACCGUACGGUGCCCCAGUACUCUUCACACCGAAACCGGACGGAAGCCUGCGCAUGUGCAUCGACUACCGAGCUCUUAAUAAGCAGAUCAUCAAGAAUAAAUAUCCGAUACCGCGAAUCGAUGACCUGCUUGACCAGCUUCGGGGAGCUACGGUAUUUUCCAAGCUGGAUCUGCGGUCCGGAUACUGGCAGAUACGGAUGGCGGACAACUCUAUCCACAAAACUGCUUUCCGAACUCGGUAUGGAUCGUACGAGUAUUUGGUAGUGCCGUUCGGACUUACCAACGCACCGGCAACGUUCCAAGCCAAAAUGAACCACAUUCUACGACCACUUUUGGACGAGUGCGUGGUGGUGUACAAGGACGACAUACUCAUCUACUCGUGCGACAUAAAGCAGCACGUCGAACACCUGCGACGCGUCUUCGAAAUUCUUCGACGAGAAAGAUUCUACGUCAAACUGUCCCAGAGCGAAUUCGCCCUUGAGAAGGUCCAGUUCCUAGGACACAUGGUGAGCGCUCAAGGAGUUCACGUCGACCCAAAGAAAAUCGAAGCCUAUGCGAAAAUCGCAGCACCACUCACGAAUCUGCUGAAGAAGAACACGCCCUACAAAUGGGAGCCAAAGCACCAGGUAGCCAUGGAGCAGCUGAAGCAAGCACUUACGUCAGCACCAGUACUCAUCUUGCCAGAUCCCGAACGCGACUACGUCAUCGAAGCUGACGCCAGCGACCGGGCAGUGGGAGCAGUCUUGAUGCAAGACCAAGGGAAUGGACUGCAACCAAUCGCCUACCUCAGCAAGAAACUGCACGGGGCAGAACUAAACUACCCGAUACACGACAAAGAGGCCCUUGCCAUCGUCAUUGCCUUCAAAGCGUGGAGAUGUUAUCUCGAAGGACGAAGAACAACCGUCUACACCGACCACUGCAGCCUGAAAUAUUUGAAGACACAACCCCACCUUUCCAGGCGGCAGGUCCGGUGGAUCGACUUCCUCGAGACACACUUCCACUACGACAUCGUGUACAAGCCCGGCCACAAAAACAAAGCAGACGCUCUCAGCCGACCUGCACACUUACUACUCGAAGAAUACCACGACGUCCUCUACGCCGGACACUUCGGUAGCAACAAGACACUCACCGGUAUCGCCAAACACUACUACUGGCCCCACUUAGCAGAAGAUGUCCAGAAAUUCGUCACCUCGUGUGAUACAUGUCAGCGGAUGAAGAGUAGCAAGCAGAAAAAGGCGGGACUACUGCAGCCUCUUCCUGUCCCAGAACAACCAUGGCAAGUGGUUAGCCUGGACUUCAUCACCGCGUUACCACCUACCUCCAGCGGUCAUGACGCCAUCCUUGUCGUCGUCGACAAAUUCUCCAAAAUGGGACACUUCAUCCCGACACACACGACAGCACGCACCGAAGAAACAGCACAACUCUUCGUUCGAUACAUCAUCUCACAGCAUGGCAUUCCAACCACACUCAUCACCGACCGAGACCCUAAGUUCACCAGCAAGUUCUGGAAGGAACUUAUGUCUCUCCUCGGGACCAAACUCGCCAUGUCAUCUGCUUACCAUCCGCAGACAGACGGACAGACCGAGCGCCUCAACCAAAUUGUUCAGCAACUCCUCCGAGCAGCCUGCAAGGACGAGAUCUCCAAAUGGGACUUGCACCUGCCCGUACUAGAGUUUGCUUACAACAAUGCUACACAUGCCGCUACUGGACAGACGCCGUUCUUCCUCUGCUACGGACGCCACCCACACACACCACAAAAACCGACAGCAUCCGCUACAUGGUAAGGACUGGUGACUUCAUGACUUGGUA